AUAUGUCACGUGACUUAUGGACUUGCGCAGGGAAGGCUAAGUCAGAAAAUUAAAUAGGGAUGAGAGAGAAGCUUGCAAUCGAAUAAAAGCGUUUUAAUAUUUUUCUAUCGACAGUGAAUAACAUCGAGACGUAAUUAAAAUUAGUCAACAUGGCUAAUCCUAAUCUCACAGAUAUGACAGAGGAAGAUGCGGCGGAUCUGCAGUUUCCAAAAGACUAUUUAUUGAGUUCCACAGACAAUUCUGAGCAUGAUAUAGAGUUCGAGAUGUCAGUCCAGAAGGAUAAAAUUGUUGCCUCAGAUCCGAUAUGCUGCGUGUGCAGGUCUAUCCUCGUAGAACCAUAUAUUCAUUGCGCCGUGUGCACCAACAUCGAAAUAUGUUCCUCUUGUUUCGCCAAGGGCUGCGAGAUCGACGAACACAGGAAUGAUCAUGACUACAUGAUUAUAAAAAAUGAGUUUCCUUUGGUCGACGGCAGUGGUUGGACUGCUAAGCAAGAGCUCAAAUUGCUGACUCUUCUGCAGCAAUGUGGCUUUGGAAAUUGGUUGGACAUAGGAUGUAGGAUGCAUGGGAAGUCUGCUGAUGAGUGCAGGAUACAUUAUUUACAGAAUUAUAUAGACAAUCAAACUCUGCCGGAUCUACCGAGGAUUGAAGAGAACAGAGUCAGCUUAUUUAAUUGCGAAUCGAUUCCUUAUAUUUACAAAUUGCAAGAUCUAGAGGAACCUCCCAGAUUUGAUCCAGAUACGUUUAAUGGUCGACUACUAGCAGGUUAUAACGCGGCUAGAUCCGAUUUCGUAGUGAACUUCGACAAUCAUGCGGAAUCGUUAGUGUGCAAUCUUGAUUUCGAUGAGUUUCAACCGGGCGAUGAUAUGUACGAGUUAGGGAAAGCUUUGCAGGUGGCGUUAGUGCAGGCGUACAAUAACAGAUUAAAGGAGCGCAUGAGAAGACAGAGAAUUAUACGCAAGCACGGAUUAAUCACAUUUCGCAAGGUCAUGUCGUGUAUACAGAGAUAUGAGAACACGAUAACCAAGCCGCUUGCGGAAAGAUUGCUGAUAUUCAUGCAACUCCUGAACGGAAUGGAAUUUGACUUUUUCAUGGAGGGUCUUCACCGUGUUGGCGAACUGAAAAAUCACAUCAAUAGGUUGCUGGAGUUCAGGCGAAACGGACUUAAACACUUUUUCAGUGUACCCAUGUUUCAAAAACUGAGUAAAUUAAGACAGGAAAAUGAGCGAGAGAAAAAGCAGUACAUGAACAAUUCAGAAUAUUGUUGGAGAAAUCUAUUACCUGAUAAUGUUAUCAGCUGUAAUAGUCCAAUUCUUGGAAGCACGCAACGUAAAAUCGCGCCCCCUCUCGUAAUCAAGGGUUUACCGGGAUAUGAUAAGCUGGACAUCGACGAGAGAGAGCUCUGCUCUCUUGUGAGAAUCGUGCCGUCUAAUUAUUUAGAUUUCAAACACAUUUUGAUAAUGGAAAAUAAGAAGAAAGGUCAUCUUAAAUUAGCCCAAGCUCGUAUUCUUUUAAAAAUUGACGUAAACAAAACGAGGAAGAUAUAUGAUUUCUUGAUAGAAAAAGGAUAUAUAAAAAAGUCAACUCACUGAUAUUUAAUUUUGUAAAACGCGCACGCGAUUGACCAGUGAUAUUUAAUUUUUUAAAACAGCGGUGCCAAAGUGUAGUGCGCGAGUACUGUAAAAUUAUGAAUUACACCAUAUUAAAUAAAAUUAUCCGGAAAACAUAAUUAUAAUACACACACGAACAAUUUCUAAAAAUUAAAAUUUCUGUGUUUAGAAAAAUUUAUGAAGAUUGCGAGUUAGAAGAGUCCUGUUAUCUUUAAGUUACUUUUGUUGAGACUUUCGUUAUUGAUUAAAUGAUUAAGACAAUAAAUUUUUUC